AUGGAGAGGUUUCCUGAUAGCAAAUCAAAGACUACAGUUAAACUUGAGAAAGGAAUAAAGGUUGGUAAUGAAGAGGUUUCUGAUGGAGCUGGGCAAUCAAAAUUCGUACUAGAAAACCUGCGGUACUAUACUGUCCAUCCAAAUUUGGCCAGGUACUAUGAACCUGCAAAGCCUACAGCCCUGCAAAAAUUCCUGGAACGAAACAAGAAAAUCAGGAGUUUCAUGUUAAAAGUAACAGAGUAUGACCAGGAUAAGACCUUACUGAUUAUGACUAACAACCCACCUCCCUACCCAAUCAACUUGCAAGGAAGGGACAUCACCCCCAAAUACUUUUCCAAGGAGUUACUGACCAAGAGUAGACAGCAGUACAAAUCCACUGAAAACUUCUACCUGCCCCUGAUGCCUCAGAAAAAAAAACCCAGAUUGCUUUUGAAACCAGUCUUCCCUAUGACCCUGUUCGAUGAUCCUGCAUCCAAGCGAGAACAAUGGUUUAGGUUUUCCACUGACAAUGAUUUCAAGAUUGAAGGGAAGUAUUCAAAAGUUUAUGCUUUGAGAAUACAGAAAAAAAUGUACCCUCAACUCACCUUUUCCCCAACCUGUAAAAAAGGUAAGAAGAGAGAUGCUCCCCCGAAGUCAGGGAAUGCAGUGCCCACUUCCAACGCCAUCUGGGAACCGCUCACUCUGUCAUCGCUACUGGAAGAGAAGCCCACCAGAACUGUGCCCGGAGAAAGCACCUUCCGCAACGGAAGGGCCCAGCAGUGGAUCAUCAAAAAUGCCACCGUCAUUAAGUGA